AAAAUUGAACGGCAGGGAAAACUGGAACUGGCAGCCAAAGAACGGGAAAAUCAACGUCUCCAACAAAUACCAAAGAAAUGGAAUCGACGUGAAGAGUAUGAAUUUUUGCGGGUGCUCACCGGUUACGGUGUAGAUCUGCAGCCGUCCACUUCCUUAGGCCUUGUUUUGGCAUCAGACUGGACAAAAUUUAAGCAAAUGGCACAUUUGGAACGCAAAAGUGAUGAGACACUAAGCGACUACUACAAGGUAUUCAUAGCGAUGUGUAAACGGAAAGCUGGUGUCAAGCUCAACGAUAAUGAGCGUGGUCUCGAAGGAAUAUUCGAAGAAAUUAGUGAGGAUCACGCGAAACUAAUUUUAGAGCGACUGGAAUUGCUGUCAAAAUUGCGUGAGAUAGCGCGGCAUCCGCAGCUUGAGGAGCGCCUUAAGUUAUGUCAGAAGAAUCCAGAUACACCUGAUUGGUGGGAGCCGGGUAGACAUGACAAGGAGCUCAUCUCGGCAGUGCUGAAACACGGCCUCUAUCGAUCAGAAACGUUCAUUUUCAAUGAUCCUAAUUUCAGUUUUGCUGAAUCCGAAAAACGUUUCAUACGCGAAUUAGAAGCACAAAUUCAGCGAUCAAUCAAACUGGAAUCCUUCCAUGCUGAUCGCUUACCAUCUUCAAUACCUAAUGUAAGGGGUGAGGUAAUUGAUCUAGAUGAUGAGUUACUCACAAAAGAUAGUCUUAUCAAAAAGGAACAAUUUAUGCCUUUGAAAACUGAAGUUAAAUCCGAGGUGUCGGCAGAUGGCGCUGACAAACUCAGCGUUGGAAAAACUGAAGCAGAUAAUGAGACUUGUGUAGUUUCAGAAGAAACAAAAAAUAAGAAUAAUGACGAGAAGAGCGACACCAAUGCAGAUCUUAGUUCCAGUAAGGAAAUAACAGACCCAAACACAGAAGGCACUGGGAUCGAUUCAGUACACGAGCUACAGGAUGAAGACAUAAAAACAUUUAAUGCAAGUACAGAUGACGAAAUUAAUUCCAUGCAAACAUUUGAAAAUAUGCCCAAAGACGAAAACGAAAAGAUUGAUAUUGAUGGUAGCUUCAUCAAUAAAAAAGAUUUGGACGCUAGUACAGCUGUUCUUGACAAUGAAAACUAUAAUGACAUGAGCACCUCUAACGACGUUGGUGACGGAAUAACUUCAACUUCUGAUAAGGCUUCAGAGACUGCAGAAAAUGCAGAAGAGAUUCAACCCGAUAAAAUGGAAUUAAAUGAAAAGGAGAUUUUAGGCAAAGAUGAUAAGCCAUCUUGUUUGGUAAUUGAAAAUAAUAAAAAAGAAAGUGGCGACAAAGCCGAUCACAAAGAGGAUGUAAUUAACAAGGACAGUGUAACUACUUCUAAUAUUGAGGAUUCUAGAAGCAUAAGUGCAAAAAUAGAACAAACAAUCCCGCAAAACGAAGGCGCUGGUGCAUCGUCAGCAGAUGAAAAACCAAAGUCUACUGCCGAUGAAGAAAUACUCGAUUUAGCCAUAGAUGCUACUGGUGUCGCUGAUCCCGAUGAUGAGGAUGUCAUGAAAGAAAAGGAAAAUUCCGUUGAAGAAGAGUGCAAGAAGCAAGCGGCCGAAUUAAAGGCUCGUUUCCCUGAUUUGGAAGUUAUACAACCCGCUACUGUGAAACAAAAGCAGGAUAAACCCAAACUGGAAAUGUGCAUGAUACGAUGGUUUAAAGAUUUCGCUCUUGAACGCCGAAUUUCACAUAUCGUCAUCUGUGUUGAGACUAACAAGUGGCCUGUAAAUAGGAACUAUACUGCAUUCGUCGGUUGCAAGGGUAUUGAUCUUAAUAUUUGUCUGCAUGAGGCUAUCCCACAUCUGAAAAACUUUGAGCGUCCGCCGUCCACAACCGAUGUAAUCACCAUAACUACAGAACAGGGUGUUUCGAAAAAUUUGCAGGCAUCACAGAUGCCACUGGUAGUUCCUUCGUCAACUCCAUCAAUCCCUAUCACAACACCGCCCGCCAUUGGUGCUAAUAUUGGCAUGUCCCUCUUAACGCCUCCAGCAAAUGUCGCCGGUGGUGACGGCACAGGCAAAGACAUUGUUUAUUUGGUCACUCCACCAUUGGAUUCUAACAGUAUAAAUCUUGCGGUAACUGCUGCAAUGGCUGCAACUGCUUCUGGUGGAAAUAAUGCAAAUGCACUAUCUGCGAGUACUUUAUCAGCGCUGCUCCCAGGCAUGACCAUGACACCAUCAUCCGCUGCUGCGGCGACGGCUUUAACAAAUUCUCCUGUUGUACCACCGAGAGCCAAUAUUUCCAGCAGUGUUUCAACUCUAACUCCAGCCGCACAAACUACCGGCAAAAAGCGAAAACGCCAUAUAGCUAUUGACGUUGAGACUGAGCGCGCCAAAUUACAUGCGCUGCUGAAUAGUUCACAAAAUAUGGGUCUAAAAGAUUGGGAGACAGAAAUAGCAAAUAUGGAACCUCCAGCUGCUUCGCCACAACCAACAGGACGUCGCAGUGCUUCAUCUGCUUCACCAGUUGCGCCGACGGCGUCUGCUACAAAUACGCCACUGCAGCCGCCACCUGCACAUCAACAUGCGUCGCUGCAACGUCAGUCAUCCGGUAAAUUCAGCAAACCGGCUGUAUCACCACUUAAAACGCCACCAACGUCCAUAGGUGCACCAAUGGACUUGUCUUCAAGCCUCCCGCGGGUAAACAUGGCAGACAUGCUCAAAUCGGCGUCAGGUGCCAUUGAUUUAAGUGAAGUGCAAGAUUUCUCAAUGUCCUCAAAGAAGGCACCUACUUCGUAUUUGCAAGCUUCAUUAAAUUCCGCAUUCCCAUCUAUGCUCGGCAAGGGUAAACUAGACGAUACCCUUAACAAAUUAAUGAAAAAAAAUAACUGCACAAUUGAGGAACCUGUUAUUGGCAAGGAGAAGAAGCGUAAAAAGUUAGACGAAAUUGUAUUGGGUCUAUCAGCCGCAAAGGAACAAAAAACUUUCCCUGAUCCUUCACUGCCGUCGUCCAAGAAACCGCAAAUACCGCCUAGUGUAUCGGUAACACCUGCUAGUUUGCAAACUUCAGUAUCAAUUCAAAACCAACAAAUUCAAAAACCGUUCACUAUCACUGUUACGACAGUGCCUGGAAAAUCUAAAUCGGGUGGAAACACUUCAAUGCCCUCGCCGGCGCCAGUGGCUUCUCCAUUAAGCAGUGGUUUGCCUUUGAUGAGCGGUGGACUGUCAUUAAAAGAUAUUAAUGCGAUCGUUGCCCAGACCAUGGCUUCAGAUCCACAAACACUGCUCAAGCAACAGCAAAAGAUGAUGCAAUGUUUACCGCCGGCGCAACGCAAAGCGUACGAAGCUAUGUUAGCGGAAAUGGAACAAGCCAUGAAAUUGAG